ACAGUUGAAAUACCCGUAACCUUAAAGUCAGAUUAAAGUUUAUGAGUUAGUUUGCCAAGUUAAAAUGUCUUCAUCAAAUGACAUACCAUUAUCUAAUAUUUUAAAUAGCAAUGGUAAUUUAGCAAGCUCAAGCGAUCCGAUAUGCAAAGACAGCAUAAAUCCUAAACAUAAAGUUGGACUGCUUGGUUGCGUAUCACUAAUUGUUGGUACAAUGAUUGGAAGUGGUAUAUUUGCUUCAACUAGUAGUGUGUUUAUUAAUUCGGGUAGUCCUGGAAUGGCGCUUAUAAUUUGGACUGGUUCAGGUGUACUUGUUGCAUUGAUAUCUUUAUGCUAUGUAGAGUUGGGUACAAUGAUUCAACUCUCAGGCGGAGAAUACAGCUAUUAUUUAGAAGCAUUUGGAGAGUUACCAGCUUUUUUAUUAGUUUACGCGUCAACUUUUUUUUUAAGACCAGCCUCUCUAGCUGCAAUUUUAUUAGCCAGUGGAAGCUAUAUGGUAGAACCAUUUUUUUCUGAUGGUUGCAAUCUUGAAGAAAAACAAUUAAUUUCAAAAUAUCUUGCAGCAUUUUUUUUAGGUGUGAUAAUUGUUAUAAACUGUGCAAGUACUCGAUGGGCAACAACAAUUCAAAUUGUUUUUACAGCUGCAAAGUUGCUCGCAAUAGCAAUUCUUGUCAUUACUGGUCUUGUUAGACUAGCUCAAGGUUACAACAGUGAAUUUCAAAACUCAUUUAAUGGAACAAAAACACAUUUAUCAAGUAUAGGAUACGCAUUUUACGGUGGCUUGUGGGCGUAUGAUGGUUGGAAUAAUCUUAACUUUGUUACUGAAGAUCUUAAAAAUCCAACCCGCAAUCUUCCAUUAGCAAUUAUAAUUGGAAUUCCUUUAGUAACUGGUUGUUAUGCACUUAUUAAUGUAGCUUAUCUCACUGUGCUUACAUCAGCAGAAAUUGCCAACUCAAGUGCGGUUGCUGUAACUUUAGCUAACAGAGUCUAUGGCAAGUAUUCUUUCAUAAUACCGAUAUUUGUUUCUUUGUCUACGUUCGGCUCGGCAAACGGUAUAGCAUUUACUAGUGGAAGAUUAGUGUUUGUGGCUGCGAGAAAGAAGCACUUACCACAAGCACUAGCUAUGAUUCAUUAUGAACAGCAAACGCCAGUUCCAGCACUCGCUUUAAUAUGUAUAUUGGCUUGGGUGAUGAUGAUCCCUGAAUCUUCUAAUUUCACAACUCUUAUAAAUUACUUUAAUUUUGCUGCGUGGAUAUUUUAUAGUUUAUCUAUUAUUGCCCUUUUAUGGAUGAGAUACAAGAAACCCGAUAUAAAACGACCUUUUAAGAUUUUCAUUGGGAUUCCAGUUAUUGUGCUGUUGGUAUCUAUAUAUCUUGUAGUUGCACCAUUCUCCGAAAAGCCUUUGGAAUCAACUUAUUGUCUUCUUGUUAUACUGACUGGAAUUCCUCUAUACUUUGCAUUUGUUAAAUAUAAAAUUUUGGCGCCGUCAUUGAUGAAACUAUUUGAUAAGCUGACAAGGUCAAUGCAGUUAUUGGCGAAUCUUUAUUUACCUUAUAAUACAAGCGAAGAAAAUACAAAGUUUUAGCUAAAAAAAGAAACAAUAGUCCGUAGUUUUAUAUUAUUAAG